UUUGCUGUUACUGCGAUGCAUGUAUAACCGUGAGGUUUGUCCUUUACUGUUUCUGAAUUUUCGUGUUAUUUCAUGGUAAUUAUUUUAUCUGAUUAUUUGUGCGAAUUGGAUUUUUUAGCCCUAGGUGUAGCAAAAAUCUGAUAGACGAUGAUCGUUUGAAGCAAUGCACUCAGUGUGAAAACGAAUAUAGUGUAGUGAUUAUGAACUCUCGUACUGGUUGAUGUUGGAAGAGGAGACAUAUAAAUAUAAACGCUUGAAAAUACCGAAAAUCCGUUUAAUUUCUGCGGGGUGCGUUCAUCGCAUAUUUAUAUGAUUGUGUGUACGGUGUACCGAUACAGCGUCUACAGUCUGUAGAGGAACAGUGAGCGCGAUUACGUAAGAGAUGCAGACCAAUCACGUGAUACGGAUCAUUACGGAGCAGAGACUGGCGUGCGGCUGGUCUGGUGGAAAUGAAACGAGCCACCAAGAAACAGCUCCAUGUGGCCAUCCAACGACGUUGACGCACAAUAAACAGCUCCGACUGAUGAUGAUUAAUCCUGCAAAUCAUUCGGCUGUAUUUCACGUUCUGAACGUCAUGCCGUGGCGCAGUCAUGCUGUUACGUGACAUUUCUGGAUGUCUAAUUUAAGUCAAAAAUUUCCUCAUUGCACUUGACCGGAUUUUGUGCAGGAUCUCUGACCUCUCACUGGGAUAUUAUUAUUACAAUAUUAUUGUUGGUAUACUAUAUUAUCCUUUAUGCGUUGGACUGAAAAAGUGUAUUGUUCGCUCAUGUAUUUCGGUUAUUUUUGCCUGCGGACGCUUCCGUUUGCGGUGAUCUGUUUGAACUCUUCGGUCGGGAUCCAGACGCAGCGAUGCUGAUCAGUGCGCGGUCACUAGCAGGUUUGAUAUGGGUUUUCAUCGCAAUAUGUUAUGAGACGUUGUCGGCUUCCGGCAGCCGAGGUCCGGUCGAGGUACAACGAUACGAUGGAUGGUAUAAUAAUCUGGCGCACCCCGACUGGGGCUCAGUUGAUUCCCACAUUAUCCGUAAAGCUCCAACUUCCUACACAGACGGUGUGUACAUGCUGGCGGCCUCCGCUGAACAGCCUUCUCCGCGCCUGCUUUCGCAACGGUUUAUGAAAGGUCGCGAUGGUCUGCCGUCGGUCCGCAAUCGCACCACCAUGCUGGCCUUCUUUGGGGAAUUCCUGGCGUUCGACAUCCUGCAGGGUACCGAGAACAGCUGUCCCAUUGAGAUGCUGAAGAUCCCCAUUGAACCGUGCGAUGGGAGUUUUGACCCCGAGUGUCAGGGCGCUCGUGCCAUGCCUAUCCUGCGCACCAAAUACGACCAGCGCACCGGUCACAGUCCGAAUAGUCCGCGGGCGCAGCUCAACGGUGUCAGCAGCUGGCUGGAUGGCAGUGCCGUGUAUUCGACCAAAGAUAUUUGGGUACAGCAUCUACGGGAAUUCCGGGGUGGUCGCUUAAAGGUCGACGCCACCAGUAAUCUGCCGCCACUGAACACCAUGGGCGCGCCCAUUGCCAACCCCGCGCCCAGCCGCUUUGACUAUUAUCUCGACCCCAGCCGGCUUUAUAUGUUGGGCGAUGCGCGAUCAAACCAGCAUCCGCCGAUUUUGGCCAUAACGAUUUUAUUCUAUCGGUUUCAUAAUGUUAUGGCCGAGAAGAUCCAGCACGAGCAUCCCGACUGGAUGGAUGAAGAUGUGUUUCAACAGGCUCGUCGGUUGGUGAUCGCUGUAAUUCAGAAUAUCGCGCUGUAUGAAUAUUUACCGGCGCUGUUGGAUACCGCCACGGAUGCGUAUCGAGGUUAUCAGCCGGAUAUUCACCCAGGUAUUUCGGACGUUUUCCAAGCGGCAGCGUUUCGGUUUGGCCAUACGCAGAUUCCUGCUGGAUUGUAUAUUCGAGAUGAACAGUGCAAUUUCCAACGUACCGACGAAGGCUACCCGGCGUUCCGCCUGUGCAAUAUCUGGUUUGACUCGCAGAGUAUGGUUCAGGAAGUGGGCGGCAUUGAACCCAUCCUUAUGGGUUUGGUAUCGCAGAUUGGCGAACGAGAAGAUGCUAUCAUCAUUGAUGACUUACGGGAGCACAUUUUCGGCCCUCUGGAGUUCUCCCGACGAGAUCUGGCGGCAGUAAACAUAAUGCGUGGCCGCGAUUAUGGCCUCCCUGAUUACAAUAGCGCACGGAAAGCCUUUAAACUGACCGCUCUGGCUAACUGGUCAGACAUUAACCAGCAGUUGUUCACCACCGAACCGGAAUUACUGACGCUUCUGCGCGAUAUGUACAAGGAUCGGCUGGACGAUGUGGAUUUAUACGUGGGCGGUAUGCUGGAAUGCGACGGUUCUAAGCCGGGAGAGCUGUUCAGUCAAAUCAUUCGCGAACAGUUCUACCGGUUACGCGAUGCCGAUCGUUUCUGGUUUGAAAAUAUUGAGAAUGGGCUAUUCACCGGCGAUGAGCUGCAGUUAAUCAAGCAGACGACACUGCAUGAUGUCAUCGUGGCUGCCAGCAGUAUUUCACCUUCGGCCAUUCAACGAGAUGUCUUCUUUUGGAGAGAUGGCGAUCCUUGUCCACAACCGGCUCAGAUUCGUGGGGAAAUGCUGGAGCCUUGUGUAGCCCUUGGUCAAACUCAUAAAGAUGUUUUUGCUGGGAAUGAGGUGGCUUACAUCUACACCUGUGUGCUCAUAUUCCUCAUCGCGAUUCUAUCCAUGUUGGCUGGAUAUUUGUUGGUGAAAUAUCGUGGCCGCACGCGUCGAAAGUACCUCAAACGCCAACAAGAUGUGUCAGCUGCACAACUACUUCAUACUGCGUCGGAAACGUCAUCCUCUACAACAGCCACAUCAUCCAUAUCAAACCCUUCUCUUUUUGACCAUUUUCAAGAGAAAAUUGUAGCCGUCGAAUGGCUGCAUCAUUUUGCUCGCCGCCCCGUUAAGGUCAAAUUCGGCUCGCUGCAUCUGUUGAACAGUCAUAAUGUGUCAGCGUUUCCCGAGGGGCGCAUCCAUGUGGAAAGUCGGAAGGGUGACCGGUUGCGCAGCGUUGCACUUUCAGACAUGAGCGCUUUACUGAUGGAGGUCACCGAGAAUGCCGCUGAGGAGCCUAUGGCCAUGCUGCAUGUGCAUAAGGAGCCUGAUUUAGUUUUGAUUUUUGAGAGUACUGAUGAACGUCGACGCUUUGUGAACACAGUUAGGGAAUACUUGAAGGUGUGCGGCAAAGAGCUAGUGGUGACCCCGACAACAGCUGAGCGAAUUGUGGCCACGGCAGAAACCAAAGAAAAACGGCAGCGCCGAUUGGAUCAUUUCUUCAAAAUCGCCUAUGAGCGGGCUUUUGGGCUGGAUGAAGUGGAGCGCAGUGAAGCCGAGUUAAAGGAGUGCCACGAAGCGCUGGAACUGAAACUGAGCAAAGUUGAUUUCGCUGAAGCGCUGGCCAUGAAACCUAACACCACCUUCAUCCAGAAAAUGUUUAACUGUAUUGAUAAGGCGGGAGAAGGACGUAUCUCCUUUCAGCAGUUCUUGGAUCUCAUUGUGCGCUUUGCGAAAGGCGAUUUCAAAGCGCGUUUGCGAGUUGUUUUUGAUAUGUGUGAUGUUGAUGAAAAUGAUCUCAUUAAGCGUGAAGAGCUUCUAGAUUUACUUAGAAGUCUUUUGGACAUUGCGGCAUCUCAGAAAGGUGGAGCUGCCGCUGGUGUUGACGUAGUGGCAGCUCAGAUUCUGGAGCAGUAUGGCUUGGCUCACAAGUCUAAAUUGUCUUUCCAAGACUUCUUAACGCUUUUCACAGAGGAUGCAGAGGUCAUGGAUCAUCUGUCCAAAGUUGGGCUUGAUUUCAAAGGAGUACGGCAGACGUUCUUGGCGGGAAACAGACAAAAUCAUAAUAAAGACACUAUGGGAGCGAAAAAGGAGCGGCUUGCAUCUAAUGCAUCGGGUGCGCACAUUUCUGCAACGGAUACUAUGGCUUUCAUUAAAAGUCCCGAAAAACCCGCUGAACGCAGUCGAUCCAGUACACAGGAAAGAAUAAAUCAACUGCUAACAUACAUGGAAGAGCAUAAACAGCACAUUUUCUACCUCUGCGUCUUCUACGUAAUUAUCGCGGGGGUGUGGUUGGAACGAUUCAGUUAUUACAUGUUUCUGAAUGAGACCAAUGAUUUGCGACGUGUAAUGGGAGCUGGCAUCGCCAUUACUCGCGGCUCAGCGGCAGCCAUCAGCGUGGCCUUUCCAGUUCUUUUACUCACCGUGUCUCGCAAUAUCAUCACUCGACUACGCGAGACAUUCUUGCAUCACUACAUUCCCUUUGACUCGUUGAUGAGCUUCCACAAAAUUGCUGCCUGGACGGGUUUCUUCUUCGCAGUGGUGCACACUGUUGGUCAUCUCAUCAAUUUCUACCAUGUUUCCACGCAGCCCAUUGCGCACUUGAAAUGCCUGUUUAAGGAAGUCAGCUUUGGCUCCACUCCUCCACCGUUCACGUAUUGGGUCUAUCAGUCGCUGACAGGGCUUACUGGUAUUUUAUUGGUGAUUACGGUAUGCGUCAUGUUCGUCUUCGCGUUGCCGGCGGUUCGGGAGCACGCCUUCCACUACUUCUGGAUUGUCCAUCGUGGUGGAUAUAUCAUAUUCUAUAUCCUUUGCAUCCUUCACGGAUUACCUAGGCUAACUGGGGACGCACGUUUUCCGUUGUUCCUCUUAGUGCCGUUAGUCGUCUUUGUGAUCGAUCGUUUGAUGAGUAUCAAGCAAACCGUCCAGAACCUACAGGUUGUGGAAGCCGAACUAUUGCCUUCAGAUGUGAUCCACCUGACCUUUGAACGUCCAUCGCACUUCACUUUCCGCUCUGGUCAGUGGAUCCGGCUGGCUUGCACUGCCUUCCGCAAUGAAGAAGCGCAUCCCUUCACGCUGACCUCCAUGCCGCAUGAACCCCUGCUCAGCGUGCAUGUCAAGGCGCAUGGUAUCUGGACAUGGAAGUUGCGACAGGCUUUUGACCCGGUCAACUGCGAACUGCAUAAUGAUGUUCAUGCUCAUCCUAAUGACUCCCAGCUUAAACAACGGUGCUCUCACGAAUAUCAACCGCGUUUGCGUAUUGAGGGACCGUUCGGAGGCGGUAACCAGGAUUGGUACAAGUUCGAAGUGGCUGUCAUGGUCGGAGCUGGGAUGGGCGUAACACCGUAUGCUUCCAUACUUAAAGACCUGGUGUUUGGCACGUCCACCAAUCGAUAUUCUGGUAUAUCUUGCCGGAAAGUAUAUUUUCUUUGGAUCUGUCCCUCGCAUAAGCCUUUCGAGUGGUUUGUGGAUGCGUUGCACGAGAUCGAAAAGCGGGAUGUCACUCGAGUUUUGGAGAUGCAUAUCUUUGUCACGCAGUUCUUCGAUAAAUUUGAUUUGCGGACGACUAUUUUGUACAUUUGUGAAAAACAUUUUCAACGAUUGUCUCGACGGAGUUUAUUCACGGGACUGAAGGCCAGCAAUCACUUCGGCCGACCGGACGUACCGGCAUUUUUGGCAUAUGUCCAACGGAGACAUGCUAAUAUUUCCAGCGUGGGGGUGUUCUCUUGCGGUCCAAAGCAGAUGACGGAGUCCAUUGGUCAAGCCUGUGAAAUGGUGAAUCGUCGCAGAGAAUAUCCUAGAUUUGUGCAUCAUUUUGAAAAUUUUUGAAAAUUUUAUAAGGUUCUGGAGUUUUGCGUUGUUUGAAUUUUAUGGGAAAUCCCUGUGAUACAGAGAAAUGAAUUAAUGAAUUUGAACUGGUCGAAUUUUUUGCUCAUUUGUUAGCGAAAAUUUUUAUGACAGAUAACCUGGCUUCUGCUAUGCGAUUUGUUUUGCAGCGGAGGUAACUCACCGAUAAACUUUCUGAAAGUUUGGUGUUGAAAUUGAUUUUACAUUCGUGGUGAUAUUUUUCGGCACGCUGGCUGUGUCUGGUGCACAGAGAGAAAUAAAA